GAGCUUGCCUCCAGCCUCGGUAGCCAUUGACGCCUGUGUAAGACUGCUGACAGUAGCGCCUGAUUGCGUCAGUGAUACGGAUAAGGGGCUUUGCUAGAAAUGGUUUUUGUCGCUCAUGCCAAAAGGGUGGACAAGACUGUAGAUACGUUCUCAUGAAACGCAAGAAUUCCAGCUAUUUGGUGAACAUGUUGUUAGUGCUGCUGGUUUCUGCUGCCUUAACCAGCACAUUGUUGACAGUUGUGCCGUGGCCAGUCAUGCGACCUGAAAUUAGCGAUCGCGGCGUUCAUACCACAGCGCUUGAUGCCGUGCGAGAUUGACCAAGGCUAGAGACUUCUUUUGAGCAGCCUGACUAGUACUAGAGAGGUUCGAUGACUGCGCCGAGGCGCGCCUGGGCUAGUUCAGGGGUAGGA